AACCCUAAACCAAGAAAUUUCAGUUCAAAAUUUCAAAUUUCUUGCAGAAGCAGUAGAUUAACACACCAAUUUUGUCGUAGAAAAAGAGAACGAGCCAAUGAAAGUCAAGAUUUUGCAUGGCAUGCGGUUUCUUCAUGGACAUGGGAUGCUCAGGAUGAAACUUGUGGUAUAUGUAGGAUGGCUUUUGAUGGUUGCUGUCCUGAUUGCAAACUCCCUGGUGAUGAUUGUCCACUAAUAUGGGGUGCUUGCAACCAUGCAUUUCAUCUUCAUUGUAUUUUGAAGUGGGUGAAUUCUCAAUCUGCUCAAGCACAUUGUCCCAUGUGUCGUCGUGAAUGGCAGUUUAAAGAAUGAACAAUAGUUCCGUGCAUCUUUUGCUCAUGAAUGUGGCAGUAGGAAGGAAUGAAGUGUCUUGUGUGUGAUACUAUGAAAUUCUAGCGAUAAUAGCUGAGCUGAUAUGUGCUCAUCCCCAUAUACAAUUAUUAAUUUAAGCUUUUAAGGCCUAGAAUAGAUGGUGUAUUUUAUCAGACUUGGUUGCAAGUGCAGAUAUUCUAUUAGCCAUUUAUCCCAAAAGUCCUCAAUACACCAGUUGCCAGCCAUUGCUUGAGAAGAAAAAGAUAUAACGGAUGUUUAUUUCUGGUCCAAAGUAGGCAGCCUGUCAUUAUAAGUCUGGCUCCUUUACAACUGCCGCCUCUACCCCAUUUAUGCCCCACUUGAAAUUGGUAAACAAGCAUCAAAUGACUCUUAAUAUAUUAGUGUCUUGUGACUCCUUUGAUCAUGUACAUGAAAUAUCAGGAACGUGCAGGCAUGGGCCUAGACGUAACUGGCAUAGGGACAAUGUUUCGUUUGUGUUUUGUGAUAUAUCUUCAACUUAGUUGUAAUAUCUUGAGGUGUUUGGAAAUUUGAUUUCCCAAUUCUGGCGUU